AAACCGUCUGCUUACAUUGUUAAAGAAAAUAAAUGCAGACCGGUAUUAAAUUGUCAUGGAACGCUUGUAACUAACCGAUGGGACCAAUUUAUUUCGAUAUCAAAACCGGAAAAACUGAACCGGCAGUGGAGGUGAUUGAACCGGGUCCUACGUCUUCCUCUCUCCCCAAGCAACGAUUAAAAGGAAAGGCAUCGGAGUUUUCUGAAAAACCAAGUUCGUUCGAGAGAUUGAUUGUGGAGCCAUGGCAGGAGUAUCGCUCAAGUGCGGUGAUUGCGGCGCGCUGCUGAAGUCGGUGGAGGAGGCUCAGGAGCAUGCGGAGAUCACCUCUCACUCCAAUUUCGCAGAGUCCACUGAGGCGGUGCUCAAUCUCGUUUGCUCUGCUUGCAGCAAGCCUUGCCGCUCUAAAACCGAAAGCGAGUUGCAUACGAAAAGAACGGGGCAUACUGAGUUUGUGGAUAAGAUAAUGGAGACAGUUAAAUCCACCAGCUUAGAAGCAGCUCCUAAGCCUGCUGUGGAGAUUGACAACCCUGAUGAUUGUUCUAGUGGUAGUGGAGAUGCUGCUGAAGAGAUGGUUGUUCCAGAGGUUGACAAAAACAUACUCGAGGAACUUGAAGCGAUGGGCUUCCCUAAAGCUCGUGCUACCCGAGCACUCCACUACUCUGGUAAUGCAAGUCUCGAGGCUGCAGUUAAUUGGAUGGUGGAGCAUGAGAAUGAUCCUGACGUUGAUGAAUUGCCAAAGGUGAAAAGCGUUGAUUGGAUCAGCAAACUCUCGAAUGAUGUAUUGCUGAUGAUAUUAUCGAGACUUUCUACCAAAGAAGCCAUAAGGACGAGUGUUUUGUCGACACGAUGGGAACAUGUGUGGAAGCACGUGUCUCAUCUUGAAUUCGACAAGCCAAAGAUUAAUAGUUCCACAGAGUUCUGUGAGGAGCCCAAUCCAGAUGAUACAUUGAUUACUAAGGUUAUAAUCAAACAUCUUGGACAAUUAGAGAGCUGUGUACUCAAUUAUUCCUCAUCCCAAGGUCGAACUGGAAUUCUCGAUAUUUGGAUUCAAAUAUUCACUAGCGUGAAACACACCAGAGUUCUCACACUGAACCGCCAUUAUGAUGGUUGUGGAAAAGUCUUCGAGUUUCCCUCAGACUCAUUCUCCCAUCCAAGCCUCAUGUCACUCUCGCUAAGUUCAUACAUGUUCACAAGCUCAGAUCCCUUUAGAAACUGCUCUAAUCUUAGGACCCUCAAACUUGUAUUGAUCGAAGCCACCAACGUUGAAGUCUUUAAUACGCUACUCUCAUCUUGCCCUUCUCUCGAGGUGCUUGUAUUAAACAUCAGGUGCUUCUACGAGACUAGGGGUCCUUUGAAGAUUAAGAACAGCAAAUUGAAGCUCGUGCAUGUGUUGCUUAAGCGUAACAUUGGUGGCCUUGAAGUGUCAUCAACUAGUCUAGACAUCCUCGUCGUUGAAGAUACCUCUUUUGGGAAGAAGGACUUUUUCCUUUCAUCCCCCAAAGUCCAGUUUACUAAUAACUUUUGGGUUGCAGGGAGGUUCGCACCACAAAUCAGCUACUAUAUAUCCAAGGAGGAAAAAAGCAUUGUGCAUGAAGAAUUUAUGAACAACAUAUCCGGUGGGCUUUGUGAAUCGAUUGGAGAUGUGCUUAAAUCAAUGUCGGUGAGUAUAGAUUUAAUGAAUCGGACAGAAGUUGAGAGGUUACGACAAGUCUUACGUUUAUGGAUUUGUGAAAUGUUGGUACUCGAGAUCAUAUUUAAGGAUAACAAGAAUGCUCCUAAUGAGUCUUGGGAGAAGAAGUUGUGGGAAGAGGAUAAUAACAAUAAUGCUGUGUUCCCCAAUGCUAAAUUCCGCGUGAAUGCUCUAUGGAUGCCUAACUUCAGCGGUUCAGAGGAAGAAUUUGCCUUUGUGUCCUGUUUGAUCAAGCAUGGGACGGUGGUGGAUAAGAUGAUGAUAAAGACGUCGGCGUUUACUGCAAGUAAGAAGUUGGAGAUAGAAGCUGCAGUGGAUAAGCUAAGAGCGCUUCAAACAGAAGAAGACCAACUAAUGAUCAAAUGUUUCUGACGGAAUUUAUAUCUUUUCAAUCUACUUUUGAAAUAUUUUACAGUUGCAAGAAUUAGUCAACAAAAUAUUUAGCAGGAGGACUUAGUUAGCACACAAGUCUCGUAAAAAGCGAAUGGCAAAAAACGAAACAUUGAAAAUGCUAAACCUUUGUUAUAUAACCUUAAUCUAAUUUAUUUUUUUUGGUUUUUUCAAUUUUCUUUUUUCAAACUUUUUUGAAAUUUUAUUUUGAAUCUGAAUUUCUUUUAAACUAUUUUUAAGAUUAUUAUUUAAAUUUAAAUUAUAUAUUUAAAAAAAUUCUAAACUCUGUACUUAAUUCCAAAUCUUAAAUUUAGAUUAGUUAAUCCCAAGAUACAAGUGUCAUAUAUCAUUUCAAUUAAACUUAUUUUGAUCUUUGUGUACUAUAUUUGUUAUAUAAAAAAUUAUUGUUAUCCUCAUAUUUCUCUUAAAACUUCUAAUAAUAUGAUAAGGUAUAUAAUCUAUGGAUAUUUUACUGGGAAAUGGCAUUCUUUAGUCAUUGUAUGAUUAAUGAAUGCACAAAUAGAGAAGAAAACGAAAAGACUACAAACUCAACUCCAGUUUGAAAUGGCUCAUGAAUACCAAACUAUAUCGGUUUAAUGUCUAAGAGCAACAAUAAACAUAUCUUUUCAUCCAGUGUUUAUCAUCUUUGGUUUCUUUAUGACCAAUACACGCUGCGAAGAAGACGUUCACAUUGAGUAUGCCCAUGAGUCUUUCUGUAACAUUGCCAUCAUGGUCUCUGUCAAGUUGGGGAAAUGGAGACUAGAGUGAGAAGAAGUACCUUGAUUAUGCGGCAUGCUGCAGAUAGGAAUUCUUCCUCUUUGAUAUCCAGUUCAUCCUCAAAAAAAACCGCCAGAAUAAUUGGAAGAACUGGUUUGCUCAUGUGGAGAGUGAAGAGAGAAUCAAAAAGGAAAUUGUCUUUUAUAACCGCUCAAUUCUUAUACAUACAACCCAAUACAAAUGUCACCUGUCAAAAGAAAUUUUUUUGUAGGUUCACUUAAUAAAUAAACACAUCUCCGACAGCUUUUUUUUUCAACACGAUUGGAAAAGGCCAUGACCCAUUUUAUUGAGCUUAUAUUUUCUUGUUAGCUUUAGAACUAUAAUUUGAACUUUUUGACAUGAUUGUAUUGCUAAACAAUGAAAAUUACCAAAACAAAAAUAAAAAAAUGAAUACACCAGUAGGGAUCCAAAGUAAAGUAGCACACAUCUAUUUUGCGUAUGUAUGACCAGGACUGUGUAUGACUAAAGAUUUUUUAUAUAAAAACUUCAUAUUUGUUUCUAGAAUAAUUGAAUCUCAAGAGAGAUAAUCUUCGUAUUAAUCCAAAAACAUUAAGGGGGCUUAUUGAACUAGGGAUUUGAGAAAUAUUUAAGGGUUUUAGAUUUGGUGGGAUUUGGUGGGUUUUUAAAGAUUUUGAUGGAGACUUUAUGGGGAAUUUGGUACAAUUCUAAAACAAAAACAAACAAAGAAACAAUUUUGAAUUUUUUUUUUUUAAUAUUUCAAACCAUUCAGAACGAAUGGUUUAACAUCUGAUCAUUUAAUUACUUCAACUAAAACGUGAGCAACUGGUUAUUUCUCAUCAGCAAAGAAUCAAUUUUAUAGAGGCCAACAUAUACAAUAAACCUAAAUUACGUGUCAAUAGGAAAGUUAGCUUAUAAUUUUAAUUUGUAUCCGUAACAAGACAUUCUUCUUUAAUUUUGAUUCUCAUUCCUUUUGCCCCAAACUCAUCCAUUUUCAUUGCAUGCAGAGAGUAUAUGGAAACAAAAUUCCCAUUAAUAAUGUCCCGGUGAUUGUCAAAUGUGUCUGAUAAGGUUUUUAAAGACAGCAUAUUACUGUGAAAUAAUAGUGUUCUUAUAAGGUGUUGAGAAACUAGUAUAAAGAGGAAGGUCUUGUUUCGAUGAGACUGUAUAUGGUGAGAUGUUGCUAUAGAACACACCGGAGUGGAGAAAGUUGACACUAUCGAGUCAUCAAGAUAAAUGGAUUCUUUGGAAGAAGAAGGUUAGUGAUUAGGAGGUGGUAAGAGGGAAGUAGCAUCGGGAGAGAGGUGGCAUCGGGGAGGGAUCGGAAAAAAGGAGGUGGAGGGGAACGGAGAUGACACUUUCUAUUGUUUCUUUCUCUCCAGACAUGAUAGAGUGAGCAUUAUAAGGCAUAACGUAGAAGAAAAAGCUUAACUCGGCUUGCUCCUGACUGAGUUAGAAGCUGAAGUAAUCUUAUCCCAAUCCUUUAUAAACUCCAGUCCUAGAAGUUGCUCCACUAGAUUUCUCCAUACAACCCCCGUAUAGCCACAUUGGAAGUAUAAGUGAGAUAUGGUCUCCUCUUCACCAGAACAGAGAACACAGUCCGAGUUCUGACCCAUCCCCAAUGCUUAGACCUAUCUCCCGUGGAGAGACGGUUACGUACAGCCAGACAAGUGAUAAAUGAAUACCUUGGGGGUUGCAUUGGUGAACCACACUUCUCUGACUUAGCAAUUUGCCAAUCUGUACAUUCAUCAAACAGACAAAUCUAAUAACUACAUAAAACUAAUCCUUGAGAGGCAAGAAAGUAAUCCAUCUAUCAAACCUCUGUCACCGAAGCUAGAGAAGUAAAGUAACCUACAACAACAUAAACUACCGUAAACUAUCAGAUUCAUGGAAAUUACUGGAUUCAUCAAACAUUAUGGUGUUUUUAUAUAAUUGAUUUAUCAUCAUAUAACAUAGGACGAUUCCAUUGUUCUAAUUUUCAAUUAGGGUUGAUCACUUUUUGGUUUUAAUCGAAGAGGAUGAAGUAACUAUUUUUUUUUUUGAAAUACCAUCUCAUUAGGUGGUAUUUUGUUAUGACUAAAUUUUAACUACAAAUUAUUUUUUAGAUAAUCCCAAAUAACUUUUGAUAAAUAUCAUUGAUGAAAUCCCAGUUUUUCAAUAAGGGAAGAUUUUAUGGGAUUUGUAUAAAUGGCUAAUCCAAUAACCUUGAAUUUAUUGGAACUUUUAUAAAUACCAAAUCCAAUAAGAGAAGAUUUGAUUAAAAACUGAAAUUCUUUCAAAUACCUAUUCCAAUAAGCCCUCCUAAGUUUCAGACUAAAUUGAGAACGAUUGCCACUCUUUUUAAUAUUCCACUAGGAGUCACCGAGACAAGACAACUCUUUAUAUUUUUCUAUUGAUAAUAACAUAAUCAAAGAAAUACCGUUCCAUAGAAUUUCUUGUUGCCUUUCGAAGUAACUAUAGUUUCCAGCAAGAACUCCAUCACCAUCAAGGAUUGAAGCCGAUAAGACCUGUUGCCACCAUUAAUAGUAGAUCUUUCAAUUACCUUUUCUAAACGGUUUAAUUGAACCGAAGUUUUUUUACCAAAUACACUGGAGGAAACAUAGAAAAGAACAAUAAUUUUUUUUUGUCAGAUUUAAAAUAAAUUGGCAAUCAAAUAAACCAAGUGUAAGGAAGUAAAACAAAUCAAAGAUAAAAAACAAAACAAA